AUGCUGUCCGUGGUGGUGGAGGAGGUCCUGCCGCGGCCGGACGCCGGCCUCCUCAAGCGCAUGCUGCGCAUGACGGACGUGCCCGUGGGCGUCUUGGAGGGCGGCAGGGAGCCCAUCCUCCACCUGCGCGCCUCGUCCGAGUGCCACCUGUCCGUGGGCCUGGCGCAGGUGCAGGGGGCGGAGGGCGGCGUGAGGGUGGUCGGGCCCGUGGGGAUCGGGGUGCGGCCCUCGGACGGGGACUGGGCGGAGCUGGACGUGAACUGCGAGCGGGUGGGCGGCGCGGAGCACAUCGCCACGGCGUUCUGGAACCUGUCCUCGCAUGGGUCGACGCUGCUGACGCGCGCGGCCCCGGCGCCGGAGUCGCGCACGUCGCUCUUGCCCGUGGAGUUCAGGAUGGUGUUUCUCGUGUACCGAGGAGGGGGCCCCGAGGCGCAAGAAGUGGAGGUCAAGAAGACCGUGCUGGCCUGCCUCAGGACGGCCGUAGCCACACUCGACGUCGAGCCUCGCUACCAGCACAGCGACACGGUGCUGAAUUUCGUCCUCUCUGACAUGGAGCUCGUGUCCGUGCCGUCGCUGGUUUGGUUCCUUAAGGCUUCUGCUUGA